AUGUUUUCUCGCGCGUUCCGAGCUCGUGGCGCGCUCGUGCGUGUAUCAUCCAGUUUUGUGACCAUAGCCACCUCUCCCACAUGUAGUGAUUCCAUGCGUCGCCAUCUGGUGGCGGUCUCGUACGUGCGUUGGAACACGUCAGCUUCGUCAUCAACGUUGAAGGAAUCAGACUCAGAAUCUGAUACCGUAUCAGAUUCUCUAAACAAUGUAAAAAUCGACUUGGGCACUGUCGGAGCUGAAGACGCCAAAAUAUUAACAAUUGCCGAUGUCCUGAACGCCCGUGAACAUGAGAUAGCCACGAACAAGACGUUGGUUGACUUUGAAGAGUGGGAAAGCAUUAGUGGCACGGAGACGGUCCACGAUGCCGUACUGACGAUGACACAACGCAAUAUUGGAUCACUGAUUGUGACUGAAGCCACGGAAGGGAUUGUAGGAAUUGUGACAGAGCGAGACAUUAUCAAAAAGAUAUCACCAAAAACAGUACUUAGCGAAGAAAAAGAGGUACGUGACAUCAUGUCGUCACACAUUAUGUGCAUUCAUCCAAGUACGACUGUGAUUGAUGCUCUUGCAACCAUGACCAAGGAAAACAUACGUCACUUAGCAGUAGUAAAUGGUGAUAUGGCCAGUGCAGCAAAGCGAGGAUCCGUGCAAGAAGAAGAUAUGCGGUGUGUCCUGUCAAUAACGGAUAUCGUUCGUGCCUACGCAGAAUUUGAGGCUUCUAAAAAUAUACAAGAGGGACGUACCAUCGAGCCUGAGGCUGAUAAACUCAAGAAGAAAGUGAAGUCUACUGAGACUACGACUGAGACUGCCACAUCGGACACUAAAGAAAUUGCAGGGGAUACUACUGCGGCAACAUCUUCGACUUCAGUGACUCCAGUUGUGACUGCAGCGACGUUAUUGAAGAAGAAACACAAGAGAGUGAAGCUGAUUUUGAACACACGACCUGAAGACAAUGUCACUGUGGCAAAAGCAGUGGAAGAAAUGGCGAAACGUGAUUUCGGUGCCGUUCUUGUGGUGGACAAGGAACAGCGUGUACUUGGCAUCUUUACAGAGCGCGACUACAUUCGCAAGGUGCUAUUUGAGCUGAAGAAUCCGACCACGUUGCUCGUAACUCAAGUGAUGUCACCCGUGGCUUCAGUGCUUCAGAUUGAGGACCCGCUAGAAAAGUGCUGGAAUUUAGCAGCCACUUCCAAUUGCCGUCACUUUCCUGUAAUCGGUGUAUUGCGCCGCGACCGUGAGAAGGAGCUUGCCGGUAUCCUGUCUAUCAAAGACAUUGUGCGUGAGAUCUCCAAAGACCAUCACGCUACGCCUGGUUUUCGCCUGAUGGAAUUUUUAAAAUCCAAGAUGGAAACCAAGCGUGUAGAGCCCAAACCCGAGCAGAAAGCUGAACCUAUUCCGGAGCCUAAAGUGGAGUCCUCAGCCGAGUUGAAGCCAGAGGUGUCCGUCACUCCGACAGAAGCAACCAAUUCCAAGGUUGCUGCACCUACAGAUGCAGUGAAGGAAGGAGCCCCACGGCUGGCUCCUAGCGCUGAAACAGAGUUGAAGAAGUCUGUGGAGGAACCGCAGUCGGCUGCGCCUGUUACGCUUUAG